AUGAAACGAAGAAGGAAAUUUGCAGCGCUUUGGUUGAUCCUGUCAUUUUUUGCCUCUAUGCCCCAAACCCUGGCCGACUGUGAAUGUGGCUACUCGAUCAUUACUAGCGGCGGCGGCGACGACGACGACAAUACACAAGUUUUCACCAACCUCCUCGAAGCGGAUUUCAUACAUAUCGAUUACGUGGGGGAGGGCGCAACGAGGAAUGACUGGGCGACACAAACAUAUAAUAUGAGCUCCCAGGCGGCACGAGGGUCCUACGGAGAGUCUUUUGUAGCCACCGGGGUCCAGAACGACUUGGUCAAGGAUGCAAACCUCUGGACCAACGACGAUACAGACGGAGACAAUGUAGGACUGAGGCUAAUGGUCCGGAGUGAAACUGUCAACGGAAUGAUUCAAGGGGGCCAGGUUGCGACGACUGCUGGAGACUACUUCUGGGGCAGUUAUCGUGCCAGUAUAAAAGUCACUGCAGUACAGGGAACAUGCAGUGCUUUCUUCUGGUAUUUCAACGAUACGCAAGAAAUCGACCUUGAAUUCCUCUCCAAGGACUUCAGUGCCUCGGGCUCGCACUAUCCAGUAAACCUAGUUUUACAGUCGCCGCGCUCCAGAUCUGCAGGCUACGACGCCUCAGGGACGGGCACCUUUAUCAAUGCAAGCCUGCCCUUUGACCCAACGGCCGACUUUCACGAAUACAGAUUUGACUUCCUCGCCGGGCGAGUACUCUUCUACGCCGACGGAGAUUUGCUGGCCACCAUGGACGACAGCACGGGCGCCGUGCCCAAAUCCUCUGGCAAUCUCAUACUCAGUCAUUGGAGCAACGGCAACGCCGAGUGGAGCGGCGGACCACCGAAUCAGGACGCUGCCAGUAUCGUGCGCUACGUCAAGGCAUACUAUAAUGCGUCCUCACCGGCACGGCGCAACGCCGCGGCCGCCCGGUGCGUGGACCCGACUGCCUCUGCCGCUGUCUGCGCGGUUCCCGAGGGCAAUGCAACCUUUUUCUUCAUGUAUCAGGACAAUAUGACGGCGGGUCAGGCUGGGGCAGACGGUAAUACUGAUAGCGGUGCAACGGCAUGGGUUCGGCGAGGUAAUGGUUCAUCCGUGGCGUUUUCCAUUGCCCUACUCGCUUUCAUGUGGGUUUGCGGAUUGAUUUGA